AUGCUGUCUCGCACAGGGACAGUGGCUGAAAACAUCGAGAACCUUCCUGCUCGUGCUAGUCACCAGAACUGGGUCGACAUCGACAUGCGCUCUGUACCGGGUCGCUCCUUUGAGAAGAAAUACAGCCAUGAAGAGGCGAACAUGGAUGGGGUGGAAGAAGUGCGGCACGCAUCGUUUUUGUUGGGAGAGCAGGGCAAACCGCGCUCCAGGUAA